CGUCGUCGUCGUCUUCGUCGUCUUCGUCGUCGUAGCUGUCGUCGUCUUCGUCGUAGCUGUCGCCGUCGUCGUUGUCGUCCCUUGAGAUUGAAUCUUUUCGCACGUACAUACAUACGAUUUUACUCUCGCGACGAGGCGAGAGAGUAUAAUAAUUUUGUAAAAUAUGGCUGCAUUACCACGAAGAAUUAUCAAAGAAACUCAAAGAUUAAUGCAAGAACCUGUUCCUGGUAUAAGCGCAGUUCCAGAUGACACAAAUGCUAGAUAUUUUCAUGUCAUUGUAACGGGACCUGAAGAUUCGCCAUUUGAAGGUGGUUUAUUUAAACUCGAGUUGUUCCUACCGGAAGAUUAUCCAAUGUCUGCCCCUAAAGUGAGAUUUAUAACCAAAAUUUAUCAUCCAAAUAUCGAUAGAUUAGGCAGAAUUUGUCUAGACAUCUUAAAGGAUAAGUGGAGCCCCGCUUUACAAAUUAGAACGGUUCUUCUAUCAAUACAAGCACUUUUGAGUGCACCAAAUCCAGAUGAUCCUUUGGCAAAUGAUGUAGCUGAACUUUGGAAAGUUAAUGAAAGUGAAGCGAUACGUAAUGCCAAAGAAUGGACCCGGAGAUACGCAAUGGACAACUGAUCUCAGCUUUGUCAAAUCAUUCGCAACACAAAGCAACGUUACCCCUUUUGUCCCAGUUUAUUCGUCACCUUACCCGCACUAGCUGCAUAUCCUGCACCUGUGUCCACGAUUUUGCUAUAAAAUCAAUAAAAGUUUUGUAAGAGUAAAUAGAAUGGAACUGUAUUUUCUAUAUUGUGGGAAAUACAAAAACAUCUUAUUUAGAUUUCUUUAAAAAUUCAUUUAGCAAACUCGUAUGAUUUUUUCCAUUAUAAUACUACAUAUUUACAGAAGUAUUCUUUAAUUAAAAAAAGAAGAAAGUAUAUAUUAAAAAAAAAAAAAAAAAAAUAAAAAAAAAAAAUAGCAAACGUUGUUCAUUUCGGCGCGUAAUUUUGAAUAAAAUUGAGAAAGAAACAAGUAUGCUAUAUUAUACUAAUUUACUAAAUAAUUACAAGAUAUUUUGUGCAGUGCAUAAUUAACAUGCAUUAUGGUUGAUGAUUUUAAUAAGCUACAAAAAAUGUGCUAGAAUCCAUUAAGUUAUAUUAUGUAAUACAUAAUUCUUUAUUGCAUCCUUUUCAUUCUACUAACUAAAUAUCACCUGGGAUUGUUAUGUGGGUACAUAUAUUUAUGCAUAAUACAAGAAGAUAAAUAUUAUCCUUAUUACUGUAUUUAAAAACAAUAAUAUUUAUUUAUCGAUUAAUCCAUAUAGAAAUUUUAAGAUAACAAAACUACAAACUUCUGCAAAAAUUAACCUUUCUAAUGUAAUUAAUUAUUGUACAAGUAAUUAUUUAUGACUGCAAAAAAUGGUAUGAAAAAAUUAAUAUAAUUUAACGAUAAUAUAUGAAAGAUCCAAAAGUUAUAUCUCUAAUGAAAAAUACAUUUUUUAUUAUUUGGGCUAAAAUAUUUUCGAAUGCUAAUUAAUUAAUUGUAGGUUGAAAAAGCAAAAACAAACAAAAAAAAAAAAAAGAACAAAUUAUUUUGUAAUUCUUAAAACAACACGUUCAAUUUCGUUUGAAUUAGACAUAGACGACUGAAAAUAUGAGAUAAAUAUUUACGUCUCACUAAAAAGCUUGCACUACCUCAAUAGAAAAUUGAGUUCGAUGUAAAAUUUUAUUAGUAUCGUGAGAAGAAUAUAAUAUUCUCAAAAGAGAAAACAAAACAAAAAACAAAAUAUAUAUUAUUAUGCAACUGAGCAUAUAAAGGAUUCACGCGUAAAUAAUAUUUUUGUUGGAAGAUUGUAUACAAAUUUCUGUAUACUAAUUUAGCGUUUAUGUUUCACAAGAAAAAAAAAAAAAAAAAUAAUACAAUUUAAGCUUCCUAAUAUGGCACUUGGGUCUGUAUGUGUAAAUUCAACUUCCAAAUGGUUAUACAUAAUUACUAAAAUAUAUAUACAUAUAUAUAUAUUUACUUUCGAGUAUCUUGCAACACACUAGAAAAUACUUAAUAUAAUUGUGGUUUGAUUAAUUGAAUAUAUAAAUUGUGAUAAGUUAUAAAAUAACCCAUAUCAAUUGUGUAAUGUUUCAAACACUUCCACGUCAGAAAAUACAAGAAUUUUAUAUGAAAAAAACAAAAAACAAAAAAAAAAAAAAAAGAAAGAAAGAAAAACAAAAUAAAACAGGUAUAUAAUGUUUGCAUGUAUUUGAUUAUCGAAUGCUUAUUAAAAAUUUACGUGUAUAUGGAAGCUUGAUGAUGCAUUAAGAGAAAUGUAAUUUCAAAUGAUUAUGCUAACCAAAAUUGGCUAUUGUGUGUUCUAUUAACAAAGUUAUUUUUUUAUUAACACAUUGCACGUAUAUGUAUAUUUUUUUCUUUCCUUUUUUUUUUUUUUUUUUUUUUUUUUUUUUUUCUUCAAAUAAGAAUAAUCAAUAUUGUCAGUGCAUUAGCUUUUUAUGUGUUUUAUCAUAUCAGCAAAUUUAUGAUAGUAAUAAUAAUAAUAAUAAUAAUAAUAAUAAUUAUAAUAAUAAUAAUAAUAAUAAUAAUAAUAAUAAAAUAUUAUUAUUUAGUAUUUUUAAAGAUGACAAAAACUGGAUUAAUAGGGGGUAUAGAGAAAUACUCACGAAGUAAUUGUAUACUUAAAAGCGCAUUGCUUUGGAAGUGGUAAAUAUCUUCAUAAAAUAUAUAUAUAUAUUUUUUUUUAAAUAUAUAAAAUAUAUAUAUAUAUAUAUAUUUUCAAUUUAAUUAUAUAAAAAAAAAGAAAAAAUAAAAUACUUCACAUAAUGUAGUGUCACGCUUGUGUGACAUAAUUGUUGAUCCUUUUUGACCAUGUGUACUCGUACAAGCUAUAAAUAAUUAUUCUUUUAUCAGAGUCAAGCCAUAUACAUACAAUAUUAAUUUUUAUUCUGCAUUGUCGAAUUGACAAAUUUAUAUUAAGAAAACAAAUGCAUUAAAAAUUGGUUGUAGAAAAAAAUAUAUAUAUAUACUGAAAAGGAAUACAGCCGGUCAAUCUCAUAUGCUGUUAGAAAAAAAAAAUUUUGGAAUAAUUUUUAAAACGUGUGAUAAUUAAAAAAUUCUUACUCAGCUUUGAGAAGAACUUCAAUAAUAAUUUAAUAUGUAAUAUUAUUUAAAAGUAAGGCGAUAUUUGUAGGUAAAUAGUUGAUAAAAAAAAAAAAAAAGAAAAAAAAAAGAAAAAAAAAAAUUGAAAAGAAAAAUUACCACAAAAAUGUUGCAAAUAACGUAGCAAUAUAAUGAUUAUUCCAUGGUAUUGUUUAAACAAAAAUGCAUUAUAUUCCACGAAAAAUAAAGUAAACAAAUUCGCGUGUUUAUGCUACGUGAUAAGCGAUAAAUAGUUAAAGAAACGUAUAAUGGAUGCAUGUAUAUAUAGAUGUCUUGUGAACAUCGUACUAAUAAAAAAAAAAUAUAGGUUGUUUAAAUAUACUGUUCUUCACUCAUAUGCAUAUAUAUUAUGUAUAUAUAUAUAUAAAAUUUUUGCUAUGUAGUAAAACCAAAAAUAUAAAACAAGUAUACUUACACAUGUUCGUAAAUAUAUAUAUAUAUAUUUACAUAUUCGAAUAUGCGGUAAGAAGAUAGAGAAAAAAAAAAGAUAAAGAAAGCAAAGUAUUGGAUAAACAUUUUAGAAAGGUAAGAAUAUUUGAUCAAUGUUAAAUAUUUGCUUAUAUAAAUUCUGUAAGCAUUCGAUGAAGUUCUGUUUAUUAUAUAUAUAUAUAUAUAUAUAUAUAUAUAUAUAUAUAUAUAUAUAUAUAUGUAUAUAUAUAUAUAUAGAUCAAAUAAGUUUCAUAGUUAAUUCUUAUUAAAAAUCAAUGUUUUUUCUUUUCUUUAAACAAAAAUAAUACCUUUUAUAAAACAUGACUGAUUAUUAUUAGAAUGCGUAACACAAGAAAUACGUUGGACAAAUGAGUUAAUUAAAGUUACGUAAAAGGAGGGAUGAAACAUUUUAUAUGGAAUUAUUAAAUUUAAAUUUGAAUUUGAAUAAUAAUAUUCGAAUUUGUAUUAUUUUUCCCAUCAACUGAAAUUUUUAUACUCUUAUAUGAGUAAUAUGUUAAUUCUCUAAUUUCACAAGAAUGCUAUAUUUUCUUUUUCUUUUUUCCUUUUUAUUAUUAUUAUUAUUAUUAUUAUUAUUAUUAUUAUUAUUAUUAUUAUUAUUAUUAUUAUUAUUAUUAUUAUUAUUAUUAUUAUUGUUGUUGUUGUUAUUGUUAUUAUAAAUUGCAGUUGUCCAACGUAUCUCUAUAAAUAUUCGUAAUGAGCAACAAUUUGACUUUUGCAUUAAUAAAUAAAUAAUGAAUAAUCGUUUUUUCUUACAAGUACGUGAUGUAUAUUAUAAGAGUUGCAACUAUUCUGUUGAAACUUUAAAUCUUAAGGCAUCUCACUGCAGGUCAGUGACACAGAAAUACAUAGAUGCAUUUUGAAUUUGAAUUCAAAAUUACAUUUUAUUGUUACCUUAAUACGGACUAGUAUAGUAAUUACCAUAUACACAUUCAAUAUAGCUCACUUAUAAUUUUAACUUAUUAUACACUCGCAAACACACACAUUGAUAGAGAGAGAUUAGUCAUGACAAUUUGUAGUGUGUCUCUCAUGACUAGUGAAAGCUACAGCGCAAGCUCUAUGAAUGUAUAAGAUAUAAUUAUUUUUAUUUCUCUUACGAACGGUUUUAUUUCGAAUAUUUUUCGGUAACGAUUCUCCCUGCAAUUUUGAAU